AUGUACCGCCUGUGCCGGCCGUCCCCGCUGGUGUCGCCGCUGCUGUCGCCGCUCCGCCUGCCCCGCUCCCCCUGCCCCGCCUGGGCCGCGCUGCCGCCGGGGCCGGGCCCGCGCCGCGCCCGCGCCAAGGAUGCAGCUGAACCCCUCAAAAAUGCAGCCACUGAUCCCAGUGCUGAAAACAAGAAACUCAACAAAUCCCAGCAGCUGAAGCAAGUUUUUAAAGAGUAUGGGGCUGUAGGAGUUUCCUUCCAUGUUGGAAUUUCCUUAGUAUCUCUGGGAAUCUUCUACCUGGCUGUGUCAAGCGGCGUGGACAUGAGCGCGGUGCUGCUGAAGCUGGGUUUCAGCGAGGCCUCUCUGCAGUCCCGGAUGGCAGCUGGCACCAGCACCUUCGUGCUGGCCUAUGCUGUGCACAAGCUCUUCGCCCCCGUGCGCAUCAGCAUCACCGUGGUGUCCGUGCCCUUCGUGGUGCGCGCCUGCCGCAAGGCCGGCCUCUUCAAACCCCCUGCCUCCAGCCCCUGAGCCCCUGGCCGGCCUCUUCAAACCCCCUGCCUCCAGCCCCUGGCCAGCCUCUUCAAACCCCCUGCCUCCAGCCCCUGAGCCCUGGCCGGCCUCUUCAAACCCCCUGCCUCCAGCCCCUGAGCCCUGGCCGGCCUCUUCAAACCCCCUGCCUCCAGCCCCUGAGCCCCUGGCCGGCCUCUUCAAACCCCCUGCCUCCAGCCCCUGAGCCCCUGGCCGGCCUCUUCAAACCCCCUGCCUCCAGCCCCUGGCCAGCCUCUUCAAACCCCCUGCCUCCAGCCCCUGAGCCCUGGCCGGCCUCUUCAAACCCCCUGCCUCCAGCCCCUGAGCCCUGGCCGGCCUCUUCAAACCCCCUGCCUCCAGCCCCUGAGCCCCUGGCCGGCCUCUUCAAACCCCCUGCCUCCAGCCCCUGGCCAGCCUCUUCAAACCCCCUGCCUCCAGCCCCUGAGCCCCUGGCCGGCCUCUUCAAACCCCCUGCCUCCAGCCCCUGGCCAGCCUCUUCAAACCCCCUGCCUCCAGCCCCUGAGCCCCUGGCCGGCCUCUUCAAACCCCCUGCCUCCAGCCCCUGAGCCCUGGCCGGCCUCUUCAAACCCCCUGCCUCCAGCCCCUGAGCCCCUGGCCGGCCUCUUCAAACCCCCUGCCUCCAGCCCCUGAGCCCUGGCCGGCCUCUUCAAACCCCCUGCCUCCAGCCCCUGAACCCCUGGCUGGCCUCUUCAAACCCCCUGCCUCCAGCCCCUGGCCGGCCUCUUCAAACCCCCUGCCUCCAGCCCCUGAGCUCCUGGCCGGCCUCUUCAAACCCCCUGCCUCCAGCCCCUGAGUCUCUGCCCUGCUCUCCGGGGCAGCCACACAGCUCUGCAGGGCAAACGUUUCUUUCAAAGACUGCUCUGGGUUCAGGUCGAUCUCAUCUUGGUUUCUCACUUGUUCCUUCAGGUAAAUGUCACUGUGAAAAGUGCUGUCCUUGUCUCCUGUCCCUUUUGCUGCUUAUUCUUAGGACAAACCUGUUCAAAUGGGAAUAUAAAUGCUUGACAGUGAGCACAGUUCUGGGUCUUUAUAAGCCAGCUUUUGAGCCUUUUUUUUUCUUUUAAAAACAGUCAUAGCUUUCAUUUAUUGCUGUGUAGCUGAGAAACUGAGUCUCUUGCUAGCAGAAUAAACAAAAUCUCACUAGCUGGGUACUUCUCUUGAUAAGGGUAGGUAUUGGAAUCUAAACUAGGUGGGUGUUUCUUUUGUUAGAAGAGGCUUUUGUUAUAGCCCUUCUUGCAGUACAACACAGGCACUGAACUGACUUCAGUAGGAGCACCCACAUGAAAAAUUAUUGCAGUCAUAAUUGGUUUAGGCACAAUAGGUGAAGUACUGUUCUGAAACUAUGUGUAUUGCUUCCAUAGUCCAAGAUUUUAUUGUUUGAAAAUGUGCUGGCUGGGAGCCAGCUUUAGUAAAGUCCCUUUGUUUUUAAAUGUCUAUAGACUCAGAAGAAACCCUGAGCCUACUGGAAUCAGUGUAACCAGAAUUACCCGUGUGAACAUACUCCAAACAGCAUCAGGGCAGAAAGGAGCUGGGGGUUUUUAAUAGAUUGAGAUCUGGCUUUGUGCUGGAAACACUUUUUAACUGCAAACAUUCCAAUUCCCAGCUUCCCAGGAAGAAUUCCUGUGCUUUGGGCUGAGACUGGUGAAUGUAGCAAUGAGGAGCUGGCUGAGGGAAGAACAAGGAGCAAAUAACUUCUUGUUAUGAGCAGCCUCUUGCCUCCCCUCAACCAGAACAUUAAAUUGCACCUUAACUCCUUCCCCCCCAGAAAUGCCCAGGUUUCAUAUGGAUCAAGGAUAAGAAUUCCAAAAUAACUCCGAGGCAGCCUUCUUUACUUCAGUUAGAAUAAUUUCUGAGAAAGAUGCUUUGUCUUAAAUGUAAUAAGGAAUAUUCAAAGUUUUUUCAAAAUCAUACGAAAUUAUUUAAAACAAUAAAAUCAUUUACAAGCCAGUAGAAGGCACCCAGCACUAGAGUUUUCUUCUGUAAAGAAGCAGCUUCAUAUAAAUUGUGGCCAGAAUUCUGAUUACUUUUGUGGUUGUAUAAACUACUGGCAGUUUGUUUAGAUGAAGAUUUUUGCAAAGUAUAUUUUAAAUUAAUUUGAGAAUAUAUUUUGAAUUCUGGAAUCCUUGCUUGUAGAAGGAUCAUUUUUUAAAACUGUUUGUAAAAUAGCAAAGUCUUAUUCUGAAAAGACAAUAAAUUGCUUUCUCUUA